UCAAUUUUGUUCCUUGGGCUAUCACCGGGGGAAGUGGGACAUGGAUAGGUGUGCGUGCUACAGCCCGGGCCGUCUUGAUCUGGAUGUCAUUUGCCUACCUUCAUAAAUCAGGGGGGCUUCGCGGAACGGAGGACGACGCCGAGAAGAUUGAGGCUUCACGGAGGACAAGACAGCUCAGCGUCUGUCAACCUCGCCCACGACCAUACUCUUACCUCGAAAAGCAGAUCACCCCUUCAGAGACUCGAGAUUUCAACGCCAUCACCAACUCUCAUGCAAACAUAUGUCCCAAAUUCCCCAUGACAACUACACCUCACCAACCUCCCAGUCCCCAACCAUGCCCGCGACAACAUCAGCACCAACGACCGCGAGCGACCCCCGCCCGCAUCUUCAUCCGCCUCCGCGACCGCCUCCAACUCUUUCUCGAACGCUUCGUCGACGGGGAGACCACAGCACAAGCCGGCUUCAGAACACACAAGGCGCACCGGAACGCGAGAUGGCUAGCUAAGGACCAGGGCCCUGCGUCCGCGGCGCUCGCUGCAGUGUCGAAUACCAACGACGAUGAGCCAAGCCGUCGCAGCGGCAAGAAGAGUCCGGUUGCAGGUGGUGUUGGGCCUCCUUGCGGCAAUGUUGGUGAGCGGCUGAUCAUUCCCAAGACCAGGGAGAAAGGCAAGGGCAAGGGGACGCCAACGGCGGGUGCUCUAACCCACGGUUCUGGAAAACCUUUCACUUUGGAGACGACAUCGCCAGACGUGAAAGAACGACGCCAAAGACUACCCCCUUCUCAGCCGCGCAGCCUCUCCAGGUCUAGUACCCUCUCCUCCAUCGUCUCCUCGACCUUGCUGGGAGGAAGUCAAAGACAGCAGAAGAGAAGAAGGAGGAAGAGGGAGAGGUCGGACGCUAGGCCGGGCUACUUUGAUCCGGACCCGUCACCGGCACUCAGCAAAUCACCCCGCGUGCAGACGCUAGUGGUGAUGAAAGAAGACGAUGAUAGGCUGGUGAUGAAUGUGCCCGUUGAGUUGGCGAGGAGGUCUUGGGGUGUUCCUGUUGGUACUGCGAAGUGAUGGACGGGAAGAAGUCAGGACACACUUCCGUUCUGUCGUAAACUGAAAGCGUGAGGGGGCAGAAGGUUAAGGAGUUUAGGAGGCGACGG